AUGAGACAGCAGGAUAACCAAGUUGGAUUCAGACCAGGACGCGGCUCUGCUGACCAGAUAUUCAUGUUAAAAAGGUUUUUGGAACAUCGCUUCAAAUAUAUUACACCAGCAUCAUUUGUUUCAUCGAUUGUGCAACUGCCUUCAAUUCAAUUAGCUACGCUUUGGAGGGUAAUGGAACAUGACGGUGUUCCAAAGAGAGAAUAG